GCCUUCGCCUGGUUCAGCGAUUUGCUGGUGGAGCACGCAGAAAUAUUUUGGUCGCUGUUUGCAGUCGAUAUGGAUCGCGUCUUAGCCGAACAAAAUCCUGACACAUGGGACUCGUUUCCGUUGUUUCAAAUAUUAAACAAUUAUCUAGCGACAGAUGAUAAUUUGAAAAAUGGAAGAUUCCAUCAACAUUUGAGGGACACAUUUGCUCCUCUAGUUGUUCGUUAUGUCGAUUUAAUGGAGUCCUCUAUAGCUCAAUCAAUUCACAAAGGAUUCGAAAAAGAACGAUGGGAAAUUAAAGGAAAUGGCUGUGUGACAUCAGAAGAUCUAUUCUGGAAACUCGACGCCCUACAAUCCUUCAUAGCAGAUCUCAAUUGGCCCGAUACGGAAUUCAGGCAACAUUUAGAGCAACGUCUAAAACUAAUGGCAUGCGACAUGAUGGAAUCCUGUAUACAGCGUACAGAAAAUGCUUUUCAGCAAUGGCUGAAGAAAAGCGUUACAUUUAUUUCAACCGAUUACAUCCUGCCGAGCGAAAUGUGCGCCAUGGUGAACGUCAUUCUUGAUGCCAAGAACCAGAGCUUCAAGUUGUGCGCAGUCGACGGCGUUGAUGUCCAUCAAUACCACACGAAAAUUGAUGAUCAAAUAGAUAAAACCUUAGCCAAUAUGAACCAAGGUAUGAUCACGAAACUGAUGUCCGUUUUAGAAGCAUCAUUAUCAAAAUUAUCUCGUUAUGAUGAAGGCAGUUUAAUAGGAUCCAUUCUAAGUUUCACGAAUGUUUCCGGAUCUGGCAAGGAUCUAGGGCAAGGAUAUGUUAAUUUUACGAGAAAUUGUAUGGAUCAGAUCAGGUCAAAAGUCAAUGACGAACUGUGGAUUCUCAAUUUCUUCGAGCAAUGGUACACCAGUCAAAUAAAUAUGCUGUGCAACUGGCUAUCGGAGAGAUUAGAUCAUUCGCUGCACUAUUAUCAAUGUACAUGUUUAGCUCAUAUAGUCAAGAAAGUAUAUUCUGAUUUUGAGCUGCAAGGCGUGAUGGAAGAUAAAUUAAAUUCCAAAGCUUACCAAACAAUUUCUCAACGCAUGCAAACUGAGGAAGCGACGUGUUCACUGACUAUGUCACAGAGACCGGACGACUCAGAUGACGACAGAGCCAAGAAGGCGACCCAUGGUGAUGAAGAUGGCGAAGGUCUCACCUCGAACAUCAGCAACGUGACGAACAUGGUCGUCGGACGAAUGGGCAGCAUGUUAGGCAAAGGCAUCGGCGGCCUCAGCUCGAAACUUGGAGGCGGUUCGAGCUGGUUCUAA